AUGGGUAUGCCAGUCCAUGCUGAACCCACGGGUGUGCCAAUCUAUGCUGAACCCACGGGUGUGCCAACCUAUGCUGAACCCACGGGUGUGCCAAUCUAUGCUGAACCCACGGGUGUGCCAACCUAUGCUGAACCCACGGGUGUGCCAGCCUAUGCUGAACCCACGGGUGUGCCAGCCUAUGCUGAACCCACGGGUGUGCCAGCCUAUGCUGAACCCACGGGUGUGCCAGUCUAUGCUGAACCCACGGGUGUGCCAGCCUAUGCUGAAACCACGGGUGUGCCAGCCUAUGCUGAACCCACGGGUGUGCCAGCCUAUGCCUGA